AUGGGUGACUAUAAUUUGGAAUUUGAGAGAAUUUCAGAUUAUAAAGAUGAGUUGUUAAGAUCAAAUCCAGGUAGUACAUGUGUAUUGAAGCUUCAUGAUGAAACAUUUGAAGAUGGUAGAAAAAUAUUUCAAGGUUUCUACAUAUGUGUUGAUGCAAUGAAGAAGUCCUUCCUAGCUGGUUGUAGGAAGUGCAUUGGUUUGGAUGGAUGCUUUUUAAAAGAAGUAACAAAAGGGCAGUUAUUAGUUGCUGUGUGUAAAGAUGGUAACAAUAAAUGUUGCCACUGGCAUGAGCAGUGGAUUGUAAAAGAAGAUCUUCAGCUGGGAGAUAGGACAGAUUUGACAGUGAUAAUAGACAUGCAAAAGGGAUUAGAAAUUGCUGUAACUGAAUAUUUACCAAAUGUUGAACAUAGAAUGUGUGCAAGGCAUGUCCUUGCAAACUGGUCAAAAGAUGCUAUAUGUAGAGGUAUUGAGAAGAAAAAAUAUUUUUGGAGGUGUGCAAAAUCUACCUUUGAGGCUGAUCUUAGGGACAACAUUAGGCAUAUGAAGAUGUUAGGGGGAGAAGAAAUACUAGAUAAGUUGAUGUAUUUUAAUCCAGAGAGAUGGAGCAAGAUUUUAGGAGCUAGGCAUAAGACUAUAAUUACAAUGUUAGAGGAUAUAAGGGUAAAAAUGAUGAAAAGAGUGGGACAAAUGAGGGAUUUUUGUGAAACUUGGAUCAGUGACAUUUCUCCAAUGGCUAUGAAAAUGUUAAAUGAUAAUACAACAAGGUCGAUGAAGUGCAACAUAGAAUGGAAUUCUGAUACAGGGUAUGAGGUGCUUGAUAGAGGAUAUAGGCAUAUUGUGGAUCUUGCUAGACAAUAUUGCAGUUGUAGAGCAUGGAUGUUGAAAGGCAUACCGUGUCCUCAUGCAGUGGCUGCUCUUCACCACAAAAAAUUGGAACCAAUAACUACAUCUCUCACUGGUACAAUAGAGAAACUUACAUGA